AUGUUAUCUGGCACCAGUGGCUGCCUAUGCGCAUUGGGCAAGGCCAUGGAGACAUUAUGCAUGGGUAAGGGCGCGGUUGGCAGCGGUGCUGGCUAUAGGCAGGGGUCGGGCAGUCGUGUUUAUGGCCUGGGUGAGGGUAGCAACUUUGAUGGGAGCCUGAGACUAGGUGGAUCCCUUCGCGGUAGAUUGGCACUGGGAGAGUGGACCCAUGCAUGGGGGAGAUAG